AAAGGGAAAGGCGACGCAGAUGUAUUCCACGUGAAAAAGUAUCAACCAUGGCACCAGUACCACAGGAGCCAGAGAUUACCCUCGCUCAAAGACUAGCAUCAAACGAGAAACCCAUUAGGACUAAAGCCUUAAAGACUCUCAGGAAGUAUUUUAAUCUCCGGUCUCAAAAAAUCGAAGGUGGUUUUACGAGUGAAGACUUGCUGAAGAUAUGGAAGGGACUUUUCUACUGCCUGUGGAUGCAGGACAAGCCUCUCCUGCAGGAGGAAAUUUCACACAAAAUCUCCAGCCUGAUUCACAGCUUCCACACCACCGACACCCAGCUGUUGUAUUUCACGACGUUUCUCCAGACUGUAAAGAGAGAGUGGAACGGCAUCGACAGACUGCGCAUGGACAAGUUUUACCAGCUGGUUCGCUUCGUGUUCAGGCAAGCUUUCGAGGUGUUAAAGAGGAGGGAAUGGGAUGCCAGUCUGGUGAAUCAGUUUUUACACGUCUUCACUGAGCAGCUUUUGCAGAACUCUGAGAAUGUCCCGAAAGGACUGAUGCUGCACAUUCUGGACCUCUACAUGACCGAGUUGGCUCAGGUCGGCUCUACUGAGCUGACAGCAGAACAGAACCUGACUUUCAUCGACCCCUUUUGCAAAACCAUGGCCAAGACCAAAGAUGGCUUGCUGUUGCUUUCCAUCUCUAAGAACAUCUUCAGGACUAUUUUGGAUCAUGCACCUUUUGCCAUUGAAGACCUGAUCAGGGAGCUGCAGCAGGGAGGAGGAGACGAUUCAGACUCUGGUCAGGCUUCUGGGGAGGAGGAGGAUGAAAUAGGAGAGGAAGAGAAGCUGAAAAACAGAACACCCAAGAAGACUAAAGUGAAGAAGGUCAACGGCAUCUCUGAGGUGAUGGAAAGCAGAAAGGGAAAUAAAGAGGAGCCGGAAUUGGACGACGUGGGCUCUGACGAGGAUGACGGUGUUGGUCCGGUUCUACAGUUUGACUACGGCGCAGUUGCAGAUCGCCUUUUUGAGUUGGGAAGCCACUUGAACACACGGAACAUCAACCGCAAAAAGAUGUACAGCUUGGUGAAGGCUUUUCGCAAUUUAAAUGAAGGGAUUUCCGAUGGAAAAGAGGAUGAUAAUGCUGACGUGAGCAAAACAUCAGAUAACAAGAUGUUGAAAAAGAAGAGCAAGAAGAAGAAGAGAAAAAAUGAAAGGUCCACAACUGGGGAUGAAUCUCUGGCUAAGAAGAGCAAAGCUUGUCAAGACGAACGAAAGGCAAUCGAUUCACUGAACAAUAACACAGAAGAUCAGAGAGUGGUUCUCAGAGAUAAUUCCCAACAUCACCAUAAGCUUGACAGCCGACUGAAAGCCUCAGAAAUAGAAGCUGAUGGUGAAUCAGUGUGUCAGUAUAAAGAAUCAGACUCACAAAGCCAACUGCAGGUCGCUGUCACUGUCAAGAACAAGAGGAAAAGUAAAAAGGCGAAGACAGGUUUGCAGGAUGUGGGGGGAGAAGUAGCACAGGAAUCGGAUGGAGAACACCAGGGUAACAGUUGCAAAGUGGAGAACUGUGCAGCUCAGAAGCCUGGAAUGGAAACUGGAGCGGCUGAAUGUGUGACUUCUCUUACACAGGAGAAAACUAAGAAGAAAAAGAAGUUGAAUGCGGGAGAAGAGAAAAUGGACACAGAAACUGAUGGACAGAUUCAACCGGAGGUGAUUUCUCUUCAGUUAAAGACUCAAAAAACAGAAGAUACUAAAGCAAAAGCCCAGCUUGGUGAUCCUGGUGAGUUAGACACCAGUGCAGUAGAGAAAAAGAAGAAAAGAAAAAACAAGAAACUGUGCUCAGGCUUGCAGGAUGUUGGAGGAGUAGCAGCAGUCCAAACUCUGCCUAAAGAAGAUAGUGCUGGUGAUGAGAUCACGCUACAGAAAGCGGAUCGGGACAACACCACAACACAUAGCCAAGUGGAGACAAGUACUAUCCAAACAAAGAAGGUGAAAAGAAAGAAGUCCAGCUUAAAGAAAUUUGGAGAAGAGUUUAAAUCUCUUGCUGUGUUGGAGGACAGUGAGAUCAGCGUACAUCCCUGUCCUACAUCCGAGGAAGACAGCGUAACGCAGUGUGCUCUGAAGGCAAGUUCCACCAAGAAGAAAAAGGGCAAGAGGCUCAUGGCCGAUGGCUCCAGCUCACAGGAAGUAGGCAAAGAAGUCGACUCCACAUCACAAGACAGCAGUGCGGAUGUGAGGACCAAGAAAAGCAAGAAGAAGAAGGCAACAGAGGAAACUGGGAGCAAACAGCAGGUAGAUCUUGAUGUCGGAGAACCUGAGGUGUCCUCAGACAGUGCACACAUUACUACUACUACUACUCCUAAAAAUAAAGGUAAUACUGCUGAAUGUCCUCAAUCCAAAUUGAAGAAAACUAAGAAAAAGAAAGAGUCUUCUUCAAAUGAGGAAGUGUCUACGCUUGAAGCUAAAGAACAGCCUGCAGUAGAAGCUGUUUUUCCAAAACACACACCAUGGAAAAAGAAGAAAAUCCAGAACAAAAAAGAAAGUCAGCUUGCAGAUGAAGCAGGAGAAGUAUCCCGUCUGACUGUAAAGGAGAAAGCAGGAACAGAAGCACCAGAUACUCUGCUAUCAGACAGGACCAUCUGCACACCUGAAAUGAAGUCUCUGACCCCAAUGAAAAAGGGCAAGAAGAAAAGGAAGCUUCAGACAGAUGAAGCAGAAAUGUCUCAGAGUAAUGGACAUGCACAGGAAGAGCUGAGUGGAAAGAAAGUUAAAUUCAGUCAGGGCAUUGAGGUUUCCACACCAGUAACCCCCAAGAAGCUGAAGAUGGUAAAAGCCUCACCAAAAUCUGACUUUGUCUCCUUUCAGGGUCUAAUAAAGCCCCCCACUCCACUCUUCUAUAAAACCAAACCAAAAGUCAGCACACCUCUGACCAGCAUCAAGGGAAAAUUCCAAACUCCAAAGUCAGAAACUAAGAAAGUGACCUUUGGGCUGAAGAACAAUAAAACCGCUGAAUUCCGGAAGACAGACAGGAGCUUGUUGGUGAGUCCUGUCGGGUCGUCCCGUGUGGCAUUCGACCCUAAAAAGAUGCCAGUGUCGGGAGUUCUGAAGUCACCUUCACCGUCUCCAGUAGCGAAAAAACUUGCAGCCAAGAAAAGACCAACAGCAGCAGAUUUCUUCUAAAACUUCCACUCUGUCCUUACAUGUUGAUUUGCUCUGAUGAAGCUCCUUUCUGAAAGAGUUCAAGAGAUUAAGCUGAAUGACAGACAGCAAAAUCUCUUAUGCAAUAAAAUGAUUAAAAGAAAAACACCCAAUACAAGGUGUAAUUUAUUAAAGAAACAGAUUCCUGUUGCUGACCUUUUAUACAGAUAGCAAAUGAGUUGAAAGUGGACUAGAUGACACCAGGGCAUAAAACAUUUUCAGCCCUGUGACAUAGUGCAGAUGUAAUUUGUGUAAUAUGUUGAAAUCUGUUUUCAGCUGAAUUGGGUUUUGUACCGUUGUCCUGUUGUGGCUUUAAUAAAAAUGUUCUUACGUGGUAAA